AUAGGGGAUUUUAAUCAACCACCUUGUUUCCUUCAAUGUUCUUUUCACUUUUUAUCUGACUUGCAUAUCAUGUGAUUGUCCGGGUUGCUUCUGAUCUUAUCAGGGAACUGAAAAUGAAGUAUAAGAAUCAGAGUGCUACAAAAUUUAUUGUUUCAUGUCAUGUUACCGGUAUGACCCCUUCGGAAGAAGAGUUAAGCAAUCUUGUUUCCACCCUGAGAGCUACGGGAGCCUAUAUUUUCAAAGCAGUUGUGAAUGUAACUGAUAUUACCGAGAUAGCAAGGAUUUUUCAUCUGCUUUAUCACUGCCAAGUUUCAGUAAUUGCAUACUCUGUAGAGGAAAGGGGUCACAUAAGCCAACUGUUGUGCCCAAAAUUUGGUGGCUUUUUAGCCUAUGGGUCCAUCUAUGGAUAUUCAAUCCCCGGCAUCCCUUAUUUACAGUGUUAACCACACUUAUGAUCUUGACUGUGUGAAUUCAGAAGCUAAAGUUUUUGGACUUUUUUUCUAAACCUGUUAGCCAUAGCAAAGGCCCUUGACUGCAUAAUCCUACCCUCAGACAUGAGAACUUCAAUGGAGUUUAUGUCCCAUUAUUUGUUGAUAAUCUCAAGGAGCUUUUCAGCACCUAUUCCAGUACUGAUUUUACCGG